AAAAUCUCUUUAAUACAAGAGAAACAUUUUGUUCUUGAAUAUGUAUAUACGUAUGAAUUUUUAAAUAACACUUGUUUAACCUUUUCGUUGUGUAAUUUUCUCCUCCCUCCAAGCCAUUUAGAGUUUUAUGUCGGGCAUACUUCCACCGACGCAUGCCCUAGGGGAUGGAGUUAUAUGGUGACAUAUAUUCAGUGAUUUUUGUAACAACAAAAAUAAAAACCACAUUUUUUUCUCUAAUUUGUCACACUUUAUUUGUAACCACAUUUUUAUUCAAUAUCUGUUGUUUUACUGUAUCACUUAUUAAAAAGACGAUGAUAAUUGUUUCGAUGAAUGAUAUACGAUUCUACUACCGCGUU